UACAGCCUCGCCCUCGGCGGGCCGCUCGACACCAUGCCCUGCGGCGCCAGCAGCCUCCUGAGGGUUGCCUCAGCACCCGCCGCUGUCCUGGCUGUGGCUCUGCUCUCUUCGCUCUCGCGCAGCUCCCUCCUGGAGCCGGGGGACCCUGUGGUCUCGGCGCUCAGCCCCUACUUCGGCACCAAAACUCGCUACGAAGAUGCCAACCCCGGGCUGCUGCCGGACCUCGAAGCGCCGCUGCGGGACCCGGAGCUGCUGGAGAAGACCUGCAGCCCGGUGCAGCUGGUCGCCCUCAUCCGCCACGGCACCCGCUACCCGACGGCCAAACAGAUCCGCAAGCUGCGGCAGCUGCAUGGGCUGCUGCAGGCCCGCGGGCCCAUGGAGGAGCGGGCCGACGCCACCGGCGGCCGAAACCUCGGCGCCGCGCUGGCGGACUGGCCGCUGUGGUACGCGGACUGGAUGGACGGGCAGCUGGUGGAGAAGGGGCGGCAGGACAUGCGACAGCUGGCGCUGCGCCUGGCCUCCCUCUUCCCGGCCCUUUUCAACCGCGAGAACUACAGCCGCCUGCAGCUCGUCACCAGCUCUAAGCACCGCUGUGUGGAGAGCUGCGCCGCCUUCCUGAACGGGCUGUGGCAGCACUACUACCCCGGGUUGCCGCCGCCCGACGUCGCAGACAUGGAAUGUGGACCUCUAAGAAUUAAUGAUAAACUAAUGAGGUUCUUUGAUCAUUGUGAGAAGUUUUUAACUGAAGUAGAAAAGAAUGAUACGGCUCUUUAUCAUGUGGAAGCCUUCAAAACUGGACCAGAAAUGCAAAACAUUUUAAGAAAAGUUGCAGCUGCUUUGCAAGUACCAGUCAACAAUUUAAAUGCAGAUUUAAUCCAGGUAGCUUUUUUCACUUGUUCAUUUGACCUGGCAAUUAAAGGUGUUAAAUCUCCUUGGUGUGAUGUUUUUGACACAGAUGAUGCAAAAGUAUUAGAAUAUUUAAAUGAUCUGAAACAGUAUUGGAAAAGAGGAUAUGGUUAUACUAUUAAUAGUCGAUCCAGCUGCACCCUGUUUCAGGAUAUUUUUCAGCACUUGGACAAAGCAGUGGAACAGAAAAAAAGGUCUCAGCCAAUUACCUCUCCAGUCAUCCUCCAGUUUGGCCAUGCAGAGACUCUUCUCCCACUGCUUUCUCUCAUGGGCUACUUCAAAGACAAGGAACCCCUCACAGCUUACAAUUACAAGGAACAAAUGCAUCGGAAGUUCCGAAGUGGUCACAUCGUACCCUAUGCCUCAAACCUAAUAUUUGUGCUUUACCACUGUAACAAUGCUAAGACUCCUAAAGAAGAAUUCCAAGUGCAGAUGUUAUUGAAUGAAAAGGUGUUACCAUUGGCUCACUCUCAAGAAACUGUUUCUUUGUAUGAUGAUCUGAAGAACCAUUAUAAGGACAUCCUUCAGAGUUGUCAUACGAGUGAAGAAUGUGAAUUACCAAAGGUGAACAACACAUCUGAUGAGCUAUGAGUACUGGAGAACCUUUUUAAUUCAUUAAAAAUUAUAGGGAGUGAUUACAUGCUUGGAAUAGGUAGGCAAUGCCUGAUUACAGAAAGCUUUCACAUUACUUGGGUAUUUCUCUCUUUUUCAUAGAAAAAGUUUGAUUUUGAGUCUGGAUGUGGAUGUGUAAGAAAUGAUUCUUCACUGGAGCAGCACUCUUAAGGGGAAAAAAUUCUAUUCAAAGAAAUAGUUGGUACUGCAAAUGUUUACAGAAAUUAAAUUCUUCCUAUUUAUAUAAGAAAUCUCACAUGGAGAAUAUGUUUUCAAAACAAUGCUUGAAAGUGCUAGAGUAACAAAAUACGUAAGUUGGAUGAUCCACAACUUGAUUGAACUGAGUCUAGGAACUUUACCAGUUGUGCUGCAGUUCUCUUUCCCUCAAGUAGCACAGAUCUGGUAUUAUCUUUCUUAAUCAGAAUUACUAUGAUACACUGGGAGUAUCAUUGUGGAAGAAAGCUAACAUCUCUCUGAGAUUUUGAAACAAUAUUAAGGAACAGUCUGAUUUAAAAGGACAUUUUUGCUGAAGGAAGACAAAAAGUAAAAUAAAAUAAAUACUUUUGUGAAUAGUAUUUAUGAAGUAUUUCAAUACUUUUUCAAUAAUUCCUUUUAGCCUUCUACCAAGUUCUGCCAGGCCACUCUUUAAUUAUUAUCAUACCUGUUUUACAUAUAUAACAAUGGAAGGACAGAGGACCAUUAGCAUUGUCAGAUGUAUAGAAUCAAAGUUUCUUCAAUCCAUUGAAUAUUCUGUUACUUUGCUUCUAUUUUUAUAUUUUGCUAUUAUGUGAAAUAUUUUUUGGUUGCUUAAUUUCUUUUUAAUUCUUUUGUUGUUUUUUAAAUAAAAAUUUUAUUCUGGCUGGCUUAGUUUGACAGGUAUGAACCCAUUUCAAGUCAUAGUUCUUUUCUGACUGGUGGGGCUCAGUGGAUUGGGCAUGGCCCCACAAACAAAAGGUCUCCUGGUUUGAUUCCUGGUCAGGGCACAUGCCUGAGUCAUGGUCCAGGUCCCAGGUUCGGGGUGUGCAAGAGGUAGCUAAUCAAUCAGUACUUUAUCUCUCCCUUCUCAUUUCUCUUAACAUAAAUAAUUAAAGUCUUUUUAAAAAAUAGUACUGAAUUCUGUCAAAUACCAUGGAAGUGUUUACUAUAGUAAUAAACAGAAAUCUUUGUCUCUGUACUGAUAAACAAUCAGUAAUUGAUAACAAAAGGUUGGAAUUUUAAGCAGCUUUGACUAAAUCAGACAGUACAAGGCACUUUUCUUCUAAUGGAAAUAUUCUCAAAUAAUUUUUCUUAAAAAAUGGACAUCCAUUUUAAAAAUCUAGGAACUAUCACAACUAUAUUGAAAUUAUAAACGAAGAUGCAUAUAGAUUCAUUGAUCUUCAAAUGAAUAAUAUUCAUAAAGUAAAUGAUUAGCUGGUAAAUCCCGUUGUUUCAUUAAUAUGCUGUUGAUCCUACAAAGAGGUCUGGUGUUUGCUUUUUCAAAGAAAUUUAUAAAUAGGCAGACAAGAAGAAAAUAAUAUAAUGAACAUUCAUGCCCGUUGUCCUGUUUUAUUAAAAUUAACAUUGCAAUAUUU